GGUCCACCUUAAGAUCACAUCUCCCCAGCUGCGCUGCACAUGCCACUGCCAUUGCUCACAGAGAAAGCCUGGGGCUCUAGAUAAUGGGACUUGGCCCCAAGUACUUCUGGAGCAUGCCUUUUCUUGUCAUUCUGGGAAAGCCAAGGCCGAACUGCGCAGCCUAACCCUGAACAGACCCAGCAUUCCCCUGGAUGCCGACUAGAUAAGGAGUUAUUGCCUUCUUUAAACUGAAAACCAUUGUGUGCUGCACACAUCUGGCCCUUUCACAGAGACUUCACCGCUACAAAGGAGCUAGACGUCUGUCUACCUUGGAGGAAGCUGUCGGUUGUUGAUAUUCAACAGAAGUCACAGUUGUGGCAGGAGCAGAACCUCAGACACAGCCGGAAGAGAGAAUGCCAAAGGAGGACGCUAGAGUGUAUUCCCGGCUUUCAGAGAAAAGAAGUGUUUCUGGCACAAACCACCACAGCUGCCCACUGACCAGCAGAUCUAAGAGAAUGCGUCUACCAAGUACUACAGACAGGAGGAUGGCACUGUGGCUUCCAGGAGGGCAGCUCACCCUGUUGCUACUGCUCUGGGUCCAGCAGACACCCGCGGGGAGCACUGAGGCUGCUCUUCAAGUUGACUUGGACUUGGCCCCAAACUCCUUUGAUGAUCAAUACCAAGGCUGUAGCAAAGAGGUGGUGGAGGAGCUAAACCAAGGAGACUACUUCAUGAAGGAGAUAGAUACCCAUAAGUCUUACUCCAGAGCGUGGCAAAAAGCCCACCUAACCUGGCUGAACCAGGCCAAGCCCCUCCCCGAGAACAUGGCCCCUGUGCACGCUGUGGCCAUCUUGGUUUUCACCUUGAAUCUCAAUGUGAGCUCUGACUUUGCCAAGGCCAUGACCAGGGCUGCGGGGUCUCCUGGGCAAUACAGUCAGUCAUUCCACUUCAAGUAUCUGCACUACUACCUCACCUCAGCCAUCCAGCUGCUGAGGACAGAGCGCUCUACAAAGAACGGCAGUCCGUGUUACAAGGUAUACCACAGGAUGAAGGAUGUGAACAUUGAUGCGGGGGUAGGUUCCACCAUUCGAUUCGGCCAGUUCCUCUCCACCUCCCUGCUAAAGGGAGACACGCAGGUGUCUGGAAACCAAACCCUGUUUACUAUUUUCACUUGUCUGGGUGCCUCUGUGCAAAACUUCUCUCUCAGGAAGGAAGUCUUGAUCCCCCCCUAUGAGUUAUUUGAAGUCCUAAGUAAGAACUGCAGCGCCAGAGGAGAGUUGAUAAACUUGCGAUCUGCUGGGAACAUGAGCACAUAUAACUGCCAGCUGCUAAAAGCUUCCAGCAAGAAGUACACCCCUGCUCCAAUGGUCAUCGUUUGCCUCUUGUUGGUCACUGUUGUUAUCUCAUCCAAAAGCAGAGAGCAAAGACAUCUACUGGCUCCUUUUUAAAGGAAAUAAACUUUUUGCUCCUAUUUUUGUUACCAGAAUCUGAAGCCCACACUUCUCACGAUACCACAGAAGAUAUGAGAGACAGAAAAGUUUGUGGGGGGGAAAAAAAACCUAAGUUCAAAUCCAGCCCUAAAUAAGGCAGAAAACUGUCUGAAAUCCCUACCUAAAGGGAUUUAGGCUACUUUUUCCUGUUGCUGUCACCAAAACCAACCAUAGAAGCCCAAACAAAGUUCAGGAUGAAAACUUCACUUGACUUAUAAACGAACGGAACAUCAUAGCCAGGGUUGUUUGGUACCAGAAGCACCGAGACCUCCUGAAGCAGAUACCAGGCAGGAUAUCAACUCUCAAGGCCCGCCCCUCGUGACUCACUUCCUCCAGCAAGGCUCCGCCUCCUGAAGAUUCCACAGCCAUGAGAAAUAAUGCCACCAGGAGGAAACAAAGGACUCAACACAUGAGACAUGUUUAACAUUCAAACCACAGCCAGGUCUUAGCGUUCCGUGCGCUCUUCCAGGAGAGGACAUGGGGGUCCAGGCAGACAAGGACAGAAUAGCCGUGGCCCUGAGAACGCUGCUCUGGCCUCCACAGGCAGACAAGGGCAGAAUAGCUCUGCCCUGAGAAGGCUGCUCUGGCCUCCACAGGAACCUCACAAAGGAGAGGACCACUCUCCUGCAGCCAGUCAACCAGAACUGAGAAAGGCUCUUAUCCCACUACUACUGAAAGCCACACAUGGCAUCUUCCUUGCCAGGGCCAUUUGCCCUUUCCGGUCUCUGGGCCUUUGUCUUACCCAGUCAAGACACCCAAGGACACCACUUGCCCAUUACUUGGCCAGAGAUCCAUGACAAAAUGACAAUCCAAUGACAGCCUAUGAGACGGAAUUAGGGUAGGUUUUCAAAAUUAGUUUUAGGAGCGCAGAAGUCAGAAUGCCUGCUUUGAGUAAUUCCAAAAGCAGAGCAUGCACUCUGAGUUGCUUGUAGCUAUGUCCAAGAGACAAGAAUCUGUCUCCCUGAGAAACUAACUCAGUGGAGGCAGUGCUAAGAAACAAAAAGAAGAUGGGCGAGAGUGCUCGAUGAACCUCCAGCGCCAAAUUGUGCCUGAGCCAUAUACAGUCAGCUCCAUCAUUUCAUGAAUCAAUUAAAUGAUGUCUGUGCCAAUGCAGGGUAGCUAUGUUUUCUAUCUCAAGCAAUUGGAGCGGUUCAGGUGAGUACGGACUUGCACUGUUUGUUUUUAAAAUUGGUGAUCCUAAGUAGUAACAAAUCAAAGAGCCAGUAGAGAGGCAAACGGUCUUUCUCCAGAGAUUUUUUUUAGCUUUCAAGAUCAGAUCAGUGUGCUCACAAAGUAGAAGGCACGUGGAAACCAGAGAGAGAGAGAGAGAGAGAGAUGGGAUGCGUUUGUGUGAGAAGUCUUAGGCAGUGGAGAGAGACAGAAAAGGAAACUGGAGGCUGAUCUCAACAGACCUGAUUGUUUACUUCAGAACAGGGUGGGACAGACACUCCCGAGGGAAAGGGAUGGUGGUGUCCAGGCAAGUCUCUUCAUGGGGGUGGGGUGGGGUGGAGUGGGGUGGGGGUAUUGCCUGCACCCACAAGGGGAUAAAGCAGUUCCAAAAUCUCUCCUUCCAUGGGCUUAGGAUGCAGCCACGGGGCAGCAUUGAGGUGCCAGGAGCAGGACAAAUGAUUGCCCGUUAUGCAGCCACAGGAGCCAGCACCUCUGGCUCUCCAUUCUCUCUGUCCUCCCUCUCUGUGAUCGGCUGACACAGCAAGGUCAUUUGUAGGCACCCUGUCUCAUGACAUUCUACCAGUUAGUAAAAACGUCAUCCAUGCCUGUAAGAAGCUCCUACAUGCAUAUCCCCAAAACAUUAUUAAAAAUUGGGAUGUAGGCAUGUUAACCUUACCGACUAGAUGGAAAGCUUUCUUUUCAAAUCUGUAUAGAAAACUAUCUGCUGUCAGGAGAGGAUGUGUGUGAAAGUCGAGGUGAGAAGAUAUUUGAGCUUCAUUAUGCACUAGGAGAUACAGAGUAUAAACGACCAAAAUUCAGAACUGGAAACAUUUUCCACCCUUCCCCUCAGGAAGUACACAGUGUAAAUGUAGACCUGACCUCCAAGGCCGGGCUACUGAGGUACAUGGAGGGAGGCGUCUGGGGGCAACUUUGAGCUUUUGAGCUGACUACAUGUGACAUUCUCAGCCCCUUAAAGAAGAUUAAGAUAAAAAGUAGCAGAAAUGGAAAUCAACUCUUGUGCCCCAGAGAGGAGUAUGGCAGGGGCUGGGCUACAAUUCAAGCAACAGAAUGGAUAGCUAGUGAUGUUAACCACCUGUUGGAUGUUCAGUCUUCAACACACUGUUUACAAGUGGGAAAUCCCAGACUACCAGGACUGUCUUAGGUAGGGUCUCUAUUGCUGCAGCAAAGCACAGUGACCAAAGAAACUUGGAGAGGAAAGGGUUUAUUUGGCUUAUUUUGACUUAUUUAUAAGUCACUGAGCUGUGAUUUUGUUGCCAGAAUGUGACUGGUUGAAUCUCAUUAAAAAUAUCAAACUAAUUGUAUGAAGUUGGAAGCGUACCAAUCUUACUUUGUAAAUUCUGAUUUCUUUUCACCAUUCAUAUGUAAUGCUGAACCACUUGUAGAUUUGAUUUCGUUGUUGUUGUCUACUGCAUUUAGGGAGCAUUCUAAUAUGCUAGUUGAAUACUUGAACCAUAUGUCCAGUUAGAUCACUGUUUAGAAUUUGCCAUAGAGUACACUGCCUGCCUUAAGUGAGGAAAUCAAAGUGCUGUUACCAAGUUCAAGAUCAAAAAAGGUUUAUAGAACAGAGUAAUCCUGGUUCCCCAUUGAACCGGAAGAUACUUUAUAUUGUCCUAUUAGUGUUAUAAUGAACAUAGAAUACAUCUUUGAUGUGUUGUUCCUGGCAAUAAAUUUUGAAAAGUAA